CUCAGAAAGAAACAAGUGAUAGCGCCUGACAGGCAGCAGACCCGCAUCAGCGCUAGAAGAGCAACAGUCACUUUAGAGGCAGUCAAUGAGUUCGCUGUCCAUGAGCCUGGAGGCGCGCUGUCUGUCCCCCUAUGCAGCCUGGUACAUGGAGCCCACCAACUUCUACGAGCAGCGGCUGAGCGGCUCCCCCGCCCCGUACAAGCCGAGAGGCAUGUGCGAGGAGCCCGAGGCUGCUGUGGGCACAGGCGGGACCCUGGUGGAACUAAGCGCUGCCCCUGCCAUGUAUGAUGACGAGAGCGCCAUAGACUUCAGCUCGUACAUCGACUCCAUGGCCUCCGUGCCCAACCUGGAGCUGUGCAACGACGAGCUCUUCGCCGACCUCUUCAACUCCAGCAAAGCGGUGGGGGAGCGGCAGGAGGGAGACUACCUGAUGAGCGGGCUGCUGGCGGCACCUCACUGUCCUCCUGGCUCGGCCAAAGUGCAGCUGAAGCAAGAGCCGGAGUGGAGCGACAGCGACAUGUCCUCAUCUCUACCCAACCAAAUCGCAGCGUGUGCCCAGACCAGCAUGAGCCUGCAGCCCACCCCUCCCACCUCCCCGGAGCCCAGCACCUCCGCCUGUCCUUCCCCGGCCGCUUCCUCCGGCUCGUGCGGCAAAGACAGGUCGGGCAAGAAGUGCACUGAUCGCUACAGCCCCGAGUACCGGCAGCGCCGGGAGCGCAACAACAUCGCCGUGAGGAAGAGCCGCGACAAAGCCAAGAGGCGCAACGUUGACAUGCAACAGAGGCUGCUCGAGCUCUCCUCCGAGAAUGAGAAACUGCACAAAAAGAUAGAACUUCUCACCAGGGACUUGAGCAGCCUCAGGCACUUCUUCAAGCAGCUGCCCCCCGCUGCCACCGGCCCCUUCCUGCCCAGCCUGACGGGCAUCGACUGCCGGUAACCCGACCCCCCGACCCUGGACUUUAUAACCUCCUAUACCUCAUUCCAGACAUGGCCCUCCUGCGGCCCUCCAGCCUCUGCUCCAGUCCAACGCUUGGCAUGAAGAUCGGCAUCAGAUGGAGCUGGAGGGCUGCAAGUGACACUUUGCUGCAGCAUCUCUCACACAGCUAGAGGGGCGCGACCCCACAACCAGCAUCUCUCACAGCGAGAGGGGCCCGACCCCACAACUCUGAGACACUUGCUCUGCCCCCCCUUACAGACUGAGCCAAAGACUUAUCACAUCUUUAAUAUAAAUAUAUAUAUAUAAAUAUUUAGUGCAAUAAGAAGAGAUUUGCAGGUAUUGCCAGUGGGUAGUGCCCCUGCGAGAAAAGGGAGAGAAGUGGGCACCAGUUUAACCCCUUCAGUGCCAGAGCUUGUUCAAUCUGCAUGUUGCCCAUGGCAGGUGUCAGGAGGAGUUUCUGCCCCAUGGGCAUGUUUCCCACCCUGUGUAUAAUGAAUACAUGUAAGUGCACCUCUCACCUGCCAGUGGCCUGCAUUGACCAGUGUUAGUUGCACCCCCCUGCUCUGCCACUCAAGCGGUUGAAUUAGGGAGGCCAAGCUGUGGCCCUGUGGCUUCUGAGCAUCGGCUCUGGGCCCUGCUGGUGCACAUAGGGUGUUGUAGUUCAGCAGCCAGAGUGCUAGUACUGGAUUAUGAAGUGUUCACAACUGGGCUUGCAUCAGUCACUCAGGAUAAGGGUUCAUUGAUGCCACAUUUGUAAUCCUAUUAACCUGUUGGAUGUAUGCCAAGCUGCAGCCAUACUCCCUUACUGUUUCAUUCAUCUCUGCUUCAAUAGUAAGGGCUAACUCAAAGCUGCAGAGCUUCACACCAUAGCAAUAAGACACUAUUGAGUGGGAACAGUAGUGCAAUAAGGCUGCCAGCUUGUGGUUCCUCAGCCACGUCUAACUGCAACUCCCACAAUGCUCAUGGCAAAUGGCUGAGGGACUACAAGCUGAUCACAUUUACCCACUUAUGUAGGCACUAAGUUUUCUCAGGAGCAGUAAACCAUGGCAACCAAUAAGAUGCUUGCUUUUAAACAGCUGAUAAGUAAAUGCUGCCUGCUGAUUGGUUGCUAUAAGAUACUGCUCCUGGGCAAACUUAGUGCCUGUUAUUACAUAAGGGGCUUUUGCAUUUCUUGUGCCUGUUAUCAGCUGAGCUAACUUGUUCAUUGCCAUUGCUUGACUAGGUGUCAUUAGCCCCUUACAGCAGCCGACAGUAUAACUACUAGCCCAGAGGUAUUGGCAGUGCUGCACAUACUGUAUCAGCAAGGGCAGUGCCAAUGUGGAUCUGGGCAGACCUGCAGUUUCUAUAUUUCUAGUUACCAAGGGCAGCUGAACAUUUACAACAGAGAUAGAAAUGUAUUUCCUCUCCACUCAAGUAUAAACAAAGCUAAAACAUUUCCCCUUUACCCCCCCCCCCAACUUCCUUAAAUUAUUUUUGUAAUGUAGUUUUUCUGUAUUCUUUUCUGAUGCAGCUAUGGUACAUUUGUAUAAUGAUUUCCCAGAGACGAGCCUUUGUAUUGUAGAUAAUAGGGACAGAGAAAUGAGCAUGCUCAAUUUUUUUACAUGAUAAUUUUUACAGCAUUUUUAAUAUGAAUAAUAAAAAAACAAAACAAAA